AUGUCGCGACUUGGUACGACCGCGUUCGUCUCCAGAAGCUGUCGGCAGGCUCAACAGUAUGGCACCCUCAUCAGGCGACCUACAGGCCAUGCAGGUCUCCGAAGAUACAGCAGUACGCCCACGCGACAGCGACAGCGACCGCUGCACCUGGCUAUCAUCGGAUCUGGCCCGGCCGGUUUCUACUCGGCAUAUCGACUGUUGAAGGCGAUGCCAGAUGCAAGAGUCGACAUGUACGAGAGCCUGCCCUCCCCCUACGGUCUCGUCCGAUUCGGCAUCGCACCCGACCAUCCCGAGGCAAAAGUACGAUUCUCCCUACCAGACCGACUCUGCCAUGGCUGAUAGUGGAUCGCGCAGUAGAAAUGUGCAGAGACAUUGCCGGACGUCGCCAAGUACGACGGCUUCAAUUACGUCGGGAACGUGCCCAUAGGCGAUUCGCCUGGUCAUCUACCUCUCACAUCCAUCGCGCCUCAUUACAACGCCCUGCUCUUUGCAUACGGUGCGUCGAGAGAUAAGAAGCUAGGAAUACCGGGGGAAGAUCUGAAAGGCGUGCUGUCCGCCAGAGCAUUCGUAGGAUGGUACAAUGGUCUGCCCGAAUAUGCCGACCUCAAUCCAGAUCUACAGUCCGGAGACACCGCUGUAGUAAUAGGACAGGGCAAUGUUGCAUUGGACGUCGCCCGCAUCAUGUUCAUGCCACUGGGCGAGUUGCGUAAGACAGACAUCUCUGAGCAUGCCCUGGAAGCGCUCAGCAGGAGUAGAGUCAAAGAUAUGAAGAUCAUCGGGCGAAGAGGUCCUCUUCAAGCACCGUAUACCAUAAAAGAGCUGCGAGAGAUGCUACAUAUCUCGGGGCUUGCAUUCGUGCCACCGCCCGAAGGCUGGGAAGCUCUGCUCCAAGUCGAGCCUAAGAAGCUUCCUCGUCAGCUGAAACGAAUAACGGAAUUGCUGAUGAAAGGUUCAAAGACCUCGAUCGACCAAGCGGAUAAAGCAUGGCAACUAGGAUACUUACGAUCACCGCUCGAGCUCCUCUCGCGCGACAACACACAUCUCGCCGCCGUCGGCUUUGAACAACAGGAAUAUGUGGUGCAGAUGCCCGAUCUCAUCACAGGCGACCCUCAAACAGAUCUUAAUGCCUUACGAGCCGCCAAGGUCAGAGGUACAGGCAAGAAGACCAUGAUCACAGCCCAACUGGCUUUCCGCUCCAUUGGCUACGAAUCAGAGGCUCUGCCUGGCUUCGAUCAAAUCGGCGUUCCGUUCGAUACGAAGAAAGCGAUUAUCCCCAACGACCGCUACGGUCGCGUCUUGGAUCCGGAAAGGGGCUCUGGUGGCCAUCUCACAGCAGGCCAUGUUCCAGGAAUGUACUGCGCUGGCUGGGUCAAGCGAGGUCCAACCGGCGUCAUCGCUUCGACUCUAGACGAUGCUUUUACCACGGCAGACAUCAUCGUGAACGACUGGCGGAAGAAUGUCAAGUUCAAUGAAAAUGGACCAGAGCAAAAGGUCGGAUGGAACGAGGUGAAGAAGGAAGUCGCAAGGCGCGGAAUUCGCAGCAUCAAUUGGCAGGACUGGGAGAAGAUCGACGCGGAGGAGGUGCGAAGGGGAAAGGAGAAGGGCAAAGAGAGAGAGAAGUUCCGAAGUGUGGGAGAGAUGUUGCAGGUGCUGGAUGGAUAG